AUGCGCGACGAGGUGGACGAGCUGCUGGCGCCGUGCGCGGCGGCGCUGCGCCUGCUGGGCAUGUGGGGCGUGGCGACGCGGCGCGGCGUCUUCGUGCUGCUGCUCAACCUGGCCGGCACCGCGUGCGCAGCCGUCACGCUCGCCUUCCAGCCGCCGCGAGGCCUCGAGCGCCUCGCCAUGAACGCCUACGUCUGCGCACAGGGUACUCUCCUCUCCGUCAAGGUGGCCGCCUUCCUGUGGCACAGAAAGCGUCUGCGGCAGCUGGCGCUCCAGCUGGUGAGCUGCUGGCGCCAGUUUGAGGAUGUAGGCGGCGGCGUGCGCGCUAUCUACCGCAGCCAAGCUGCCAGGGUCGUGCGCUACAUGCAAGUGAUGACCGGGAUCCCGACGAUGAUGUGGAUGCUGGAGCCGCUGUUCUCCGGUGGAGAGGAUUCUCCGCAGGGGCGCAGCCUCCCUCUGCCCACGUGGCUGCCCGACACCCUGCAGCAGUCGCCCACGUACGAGCUGCUCUACGUGCUGCAGGUGUUCACAAUCGUCGUCGCGAUAGCCGUGUCCGUCUACCUCAACAUCUUCUUCGCGGUCCUCAUGCUGAGCACCGCAGCCGAGCUGCACGUCCUUAACAACAACAUGAUGGCGAUGGGGAAGUUCGGGGACAACGAGACGGCCGAGAGCUACAGGGGAGAUGAGGGAGUACAAAGAGACGGGGUCACUUCCAGUUUGUUAAGCAGUCAUCGUAGACCUCGUGGAAAAUUAGUAGCAGCGGGCCACUCGUUGCCUGUAGCUGUGUGCACACACAAUGGUAGUCACGAUCAGAUGUAUCACCAACUAAUAAAGAAUAUUCGGCAUCAUCAAGUGAUCCUUAGGUCUGUUGCAGAGCUGCAAAAAGCUAUGACUCACUCUAUUUUCGUUCUUCUCUUUUUAAACAUGCUUAAUAUUUGCGUCGUCAUCUUCGCUGGAACUACGCUGUUGCAGAAGCAAGCAGACCAAGUAGCAAUGUACAAGAUGUUGUUCAGCGUUCCAAUUUACAUGUACGAGACUGGAUUCUUUUGUGUCGUUGGACAAACCAUUAUUGAUCAGGGGGAGCGGCUGUCCAUGUCGGCGUUCGCCAGCGCCUGGCUGGACAGCCCCAGGAAGCUGCACCGCCUGCUGCUGGUCUUCAUGCUGCGCUGCACGCGGCCGCCCACCAUCACUGUCGGCAAGACGUACACCCUCUCCAAGCGCACCUUCCUCCGGAUACUGAAUGGAUCGUACACAAUGUUCAAUAUGUUGUACCAGUUCCAGAGGAAGAGGUAAUGUCAGUCAUGGAAAUGAAUAUUUGAACUGGUGGAUCACAGACAUCAACUU